AUGGCCUCAGUCCUCAAUGCAGACACAGCAAGGCACUCAAGGGACCAAGUGGGCUCCAAGGGCCUCGAGAGAAAUGAUGAUCUGAGGGCACAGGCCUCAUCUCUAGCCCAUUUUGUCUCAAAUCAGGUCCAGGUCUUGGAGACUAUGCAGAAAAGGGCUACCUGGAAAAGGAAGGCAAGGGAUAAACAUAUGGAAUGUCAACUAGCUGGCCCGGGGGAGGACAAAGAAAACAGGCCUAAAGGGAUUAAAAGAGAGGGACCUCUCUGGAUGACAGAAACAGAACACAAAACACUCAAGAAACCAAAAACUGAGCAGUCCCCAUCUUUUGUUUUCUUAAUGGAAACAAAAUGCACAAGACCAAAAGUGGAAUCAAUCAAGAAACUGCUGAGAUAUGAACACAGUUUUAUAGUAAACUCAAUAGGGGCCAGUGGAGGCCUUGCUUUCUUCUGGAAAGAGGGAAUAGAGGCAGAAAUCUUAUCCUACACUCAGUCCCACAUCUCCCUCCUUGUUAAGGAGGUGAAGGAAAAUGUGACAUGGCAUCUAACUGGUUUCUAUGGGAAUCCAGUCACAUCAAAAAGACAUGAGAGUUGGCAAAUCCUACAAGCCCUGACACCUACUACAGCUGCUGGUUGGUUGUGUGUGGGUGACUUUAAUGAGAUCCUGAAUUAUGGAGAAAAAAGGGGAGGGCCUCUGAGACCUUAUAACCAAAUGGAACUCUUUCGAGAAGCUGUGUACAAGAGUGGCCUCAGUGACAUGGGCUUCUCAGGAAACAAAUUCACAUGGUCAAAUGGCAGAAUAGGAGGGGCUUUCACCAAGGAAAGACUUGAUAGAGCUUUCAGUAAUGCAGCAUGGUCAGACCUCUUCAAUGACUCAAGGGUGCACACACUCCCUGCCAUGAACUCAGACCAUAGUCCCAUUUGGGUUACUUUUGAUAAAUUGCAGACCAUGGACAACAGGAAACUCAAACCUUUCAGGUUUGAAGCUAGGUGGUUACUACAUGAAGAGUGUGCUAAGAAGGUAGAGGAAGCUUGGCAUGCACCCAGUUUAAAUGGAAGCAUCAUGCAACAAUGCCUCUCUUCCUUGCAGACUCGUGUGACUGACUUCCAUAAUGAGUUUCUCAACAAACCAUAUUGCAAGCAAGAGGUUGAAGAAGCCCUUUUCCAUAUGAAUGGCCUCAGCUCCCCAGGACCAGAUGGUUUUCCUGCAAUUUUCUACCAAAAGAACUGGUCAAUCGUGGGUCCUCAAGUGUGCAAAGCUGUUCUGGAUGUUCUGAACUCAAAAUGCAGUAUGGAAGCAAUUAACAGCACCUACAUAGCACUCAUCCCAAAGAAGAAGGCACCUACUAAGGUGACAGAAUUCAUACCUAUAUCCCUUUGCAAUGUUACUUACAAGCUUAUCUCUAAAGUUAUUGCAAACAGGCUGAAAAAAGUGUUGCCUAGUAUAAUAUCCCCCUCUCAAUCUGCUUUUGUUCCUAAUAGAUUAAUUUCUGACAACAUAAUUGUGGCUUUUGAGACUUUGCAUACAAUGAAGUGUAAAAUGGCAGGCAAAGAAGGGUACAUGGCUCUUAAAUUAGAUAUGAGCAAAGCCUAUGAUAGGGUGGAAUGGUGCUUCCUAAGAGCUGUCCUCUACAAGCUAGGCUUCAGCAAAACAUGGGUAGAGUUAGUGAUGAACUGUAUUGAAACUGUAUCAUAUGCCAUCCUUGUAAAUGGAGAACCUCAAGCUACCUUUCAACCCUCUAGAGGUAUUAGACAAGGAGACCCCUUGUCACCAUACCUAUUUAUACUGUGUGCAGAAGCUUUGAGCAAUUUGAUUCAAAAAGCUGAGGAAGGAAGGCUCAUACAUGGGGUCCCAGUUGCAAGAAGUCAAAUGAGAAUCUCACACCUGUUUUUUGCAGACGACAGUCUCUUGUUUUGUAAGGCAAAUGCAGAGGAGUGGAGUAGGUUGAUUGGUCUACUAAGGGUUUAUGAAAUGGCAUCAGGCCAAAGACUAAACCUGGACAAGACAUCAAUCAUUUUCAGUAAGAACACAGCAAGACCAACCCAAGACUACAUUCUCUCUAUUGCAGGGAUGAGAUCAGCCAUGGCAUAUGAAAGGUAUCUUGGCCUGCCCUCUGUAGUGGGUCGUAGCAAGAUUAAGUCUUUCAAUAGCAUCUUGGACAGUAUAAGAACAAGAUUGAGUAACCAGAGAGUCAAGACACUAUCUCAGGCAGGAAAGGAAGUUUACCUAAAAGCAGUUAUACAAGCACUUCCAACCUACACCAUGAGUGUUUUCAAGCUUCCCAUCACUCUACUACAGUCUAUUAAUAAGGCCAUUCAGAGGUUUUGGUGGGGCCAGCAAGACAAGGAACGCAAGAUACACUGGAUUUCUCUGGAAAAAAUGGGGCAAGCAAAGUCAGCAGGAGGCAUGGGAUUUAGGGACCUUGAAGACUUCAACAAGGCAAUGCUUUCUAAGCAAUGCUGGCACCUAAUUCAAGACCCUAACUCACUGGCCUCAAAAGUCCUCAAGGCCAAGUAUUUCCCAACAGCAACCUUCUAUACAGCUAAGACCCAUGUCACCCCGGCAGACAGAGUUUUCCUAUGGAGAGCUUGCCAUGAAGCUCUCCCUACUCAAUCCAAUCUCUUCAAAAGGAAAAUAGUGAGGGACCCUCUAUGCCCCAUAUGCCAAAGAGAGGAAGAAACUGUGAUCCAUGCUCUGUGGAGCUGUGAAGCAGCAGUGGAUGUGUGGGGCCAAUGCUCCAAGAAACUCCAGAAGUGCACUUCCUCUCAAGCUCCCAUGCUGCUGUUUUUUGAAGCUGUGUCUAAGGCCUUUUCUGAAACUGAACUGCAAGAAUUUAUUCUAAUUGCUAGGCAGCUGUGGUGGAGAAGGAACUCUUUCAUUUUCAAUAAGAAAUUCUCUCACCCUAGUGUAAUUGUUAGAGAAACCAGGAUCAUGAUGGAAAUGAUGGCUGAAAGGGAGGAGACUCACCAGAGCAGCAGGAGAGACAGUCAAGUAUGUACCUCAGAAGAUGCAUGGAAUGCUCCCCCAUCGACAUGGUUCAAAGUUAACUGGGAUGGGGCUGUGGAUGAGGCUAAGGGCCAAAUUAGAAUAGGUGUCAUCAUCAGGGACUGCAAUGGCCAAGUAAUUGCUACCAUGCGUGAUAAGAAGCAGAUGUUCCCUGACCCUUUGCUAGCAGAAUCGUAUGGAGCACUAGCAGCUGCUCAACUAGCACUGGAUUUAGGACUACACAGAAUUGUACUAGAGGGGGACUCAUUGCAAGUGACCAAGACCUUACAAGAAGAGAGAGAAGCCUGGAGUUGUGCUAGCAUGAUCAUGUCUGAAACUAGAACUUGUCUUAAAUACUUUGCUAAGUGGGAUGUUUCUCAUGUUAGGAGAAAUGGCAACAAAAUUGCCCACUUACUUGCAAAAAAUGCUUUGACCAUUUUUGAACUUAUUGUAACCAUGGAGGACUCUCCUUCUUGGAUUUAUCCACUACUAUAA